UUAAAUGGAAAAUGAGAACUUAGAGAACAAUAGAAAUGCAGAAGAUAUCUCUGAUACGGAAGAAAAUAAAUUCAACUAUACAUUCAUCGAUACGCCAUGGGACGAUCGUUCAGAGAGAAGUAAAAUGGGCGUUAUUGCAUUGCUUGUUGCCAUAAUCGCUGCGACAACUGCUUUAGUAAUUAAUAAUUUAGUUAUACACUACAGAGGAUUUCAUUCUCGGUCGUUCAAUAGUAACACUGAAAUAGACUGUAAUGUGGUUAAACUGGACGAUUAUCCUUAUGCAGCGCGAAUACACUUGAUUUCAUCAAAUGAACUUGUUUGCGUAGGCGCUGUGUUAUCCCGAUAUUCUGUGUUGGCAAAUGAAUUGUGUUUGAAAUCAGGUCCAAUUUGGCUACGGAUUGGGAGUCCCACCGAUCCCCGAUGUAAGAAAGGCUUCACCAUUGAUCUCGUGGAAACUAUACAUCAUGAUGGCGUAGUUACCAAAAAUGUGGUUCUCCUAUCCAUCGUUGAAAACAUGGGUGACUGCAUGAGAACAAUCAAGAUUGGCUUAAAUUUGAAUCCAAGAAAACACUUAUACGUGAUCGGAAGGUCUUUUCGUGGAGGACGCGUGUUAUCGUUUCAACUGGCGGAAUACUUUGUAGAGACCGCUUCUUCUGUAGAAAUAUUACGCGAUUUAAAUACAAACGACACGAUCGCUGUGAAAACUUUUGGAAAAUGUCCCGUGCGUGCUGGGGACCUACUUGUACAGAAGGGUCUGCUGUUUGGCUUAGCGUCUACAAGUGUGCAUAGGAGAGAAAAAACUAAAAUUGUCUAUUUUGCAAACUUGACAGCUAUUCAAAAAACUCUGAAGGUAUUAGACGCUGAAGUGGAGUUUAGCGGGUAAAAAAAAAGUUGGCUGAACGAUAUUGAUGAGUUUAAUGUUAAUCAAUAAAAUUCACCAUGUUUUUCGUCAUCGUACGUACGUCUAUCCCAUGGCCGGCAAUGAAUCUACUAGCGCGGCGAUCAUCCGGUUAAAAAACUUCAAUGAAGUACUUGGCCAGACAUCCCAUUGGUGGUCCAAAGCAAGCUAUCAGCCUAUUUAAAGAAUAGAUCUAGAAUAAAUAGCACAAAACAAGUCACCAAAAAUCU